CCCGUCUCCGUCUAGACUCAACCGGGCAGAACCCGCGCGACCGCGCCACGGACACACCGGAGCCCGCACAAGCGACGGACGAGAGCGAUACGGAUUGUUACUCGUAGACAGGACUGUAAGGACGCUCGUGAGGUUGAUUCCGGAACGGGACUAACGGGACACGGUGUCGUUUCCCACUUUAACGGACUCGCUCGCGCUCCCUCCCUCCCCUUUACUUUGCUCUGGCACGAGACUGUGAGAAAGUGAGAAAGUCUUGAACUCCGGUAAACUCGUGCUGGAAUUCCGCGCUCCCGUGAUUCGCUGGGAUUGUCGAUAUCGUCAUGGCUCGGUUCGGGUUCGGGUUCGGGCUCGCGCUGCUGGCGCUCGGUUUGGGGCUCGCGCACGCGUUCGGGGACGAGGAGGAGAUGACCUGCGACCCGAUCCGCAUCUCCAUGUGUCAGGAUUUGGGAUACAAUGUGACCAAGAUGCCGAACCUGGUGGGAAACGUGUUGCAGUCCGACGCCGAGCUCCAGCUGACCACAUUUACACCGUUAAUACAGUACGGCUGCUCCAACCAGCUGAAGUUCUUCUUGUGCUCCGUCUACGUUCCCAUGUGCACGGAGAAGGUUCCCAUCCCGAUCGGCCCGUGCGGGAGCAUGUGCUUGUCCGUAAAGCGGAAGUGUCUUCCGGUCCUGCAGGAGUUCGGCUUCGUGUGGCCGGAGCUGCUAAACUGCAGUCUGUUCCCGCCUACGAACGACCAGAACCACAUGUGCAUGGAGGGACCGGGAGACGAGGAUCCGCCGUUCCACGCGGUCCGACCGUUCGCGCCGCAGGAGGAGGAGUGUGUGGCGCUGGGAGCCGGCGUUGAGCAGUACGCGUGGGUGAAGCGUAGCGGGAGCUGUUUGCUACAGUGCGGAUACGACGCGGGAUUGUACCGACGGCAAGCUAAAGUCUUCACUGAUGUUUGGAUGGCGGUUUGGGCGGUUCUAUGCUUCAUUUCCACUACGUUCACCGUGCUCACGUUCUUAGUCGACUCGUCCCGGUUCUCCUACCCGGAGCGACCGAUUAUUUUCCUUAGCAUGUGCUGCAACAUUUACAGCGUGGCGUUCAUCGUACGGCUAACCGUCGGACGCGAGCGGAUCUCGUGCGACAUGGAAGAAGCGCCCGUUCCCGUUUUGGUCCAAGAGGGCUUGAAGAACACCGGAUGCGCCAUCGUUUUCCUCCUCACGUAUUUCUUCGGGAUGGCGAGCUCGAUUUGGUGGGUGAUCCUGACGCUAACGUGGUUCCUAGCGGCCGGGUUGAAGUGGGGUCACGAGGCUAUCGAAAUGCACAGCUCGUACUUCCACAUCGCGGCUUGGGCAAUUCCCGCCGUUAAAACCAUCGUAAUCCUCAUUAUGCGACUCGUGGACGCCGACGACCUCUCCGGGAUGUGCUACGUUGGAAACCAGAACCUUGAUGCGCUCACCGGAUUCGUAGUUGCGCCACUUUUCACGUAUCUAGUCAUCGGGACUCUGUUUAUCGCAGCCGGACUGGUUGCGCUUUUUAAGAUCCGCUCAAAUUUACAAAAAGACGGGACUAAGACGGACAAGCUGGAGAGGCUGAUGGUUAAAAUCGGUGUGUUUUCGGUGCUAUACACGGUGCCAGCAACUUGCGUAAUUGCAUGCUACUUCUACGAAAUUUCAAAUUGGACUGACUUUCGUCAGUCAGCGCGGGAUUCGUACAUGGCGGCGGAGAUGCUGCGGAUCUUUAUGUCUCUUCUGGUGGGAAUCACAUCGGGAAUGUGGGUCUGGUCCGCUAAAACCCUUCACACGUGGCAGCGAUGUUCCCACCGACUCGUUCACACCGGGCGAAACAAUCGCGUCAAACGGACCGCCAACGGCUGGGUCAAACCGGGCAAAGGCAACGAGACCGUUGUGUGACCCGCACUCACGGUGCCUCUCGUCAUGUAGCACUAUCGUUCGUUCACUUUACGCAAAAUGUUCUUAAGAUGAUCUUACACUGGACGGUGCAGUUUUUUUCUCCGUGUAAAUAUGCACUACGCCUGCCUAACGUCAAACUCUCACUGAAGUGCCUUCGUUCUGUGCGGACGAGCUACUCGACCCGACCUGGUGCUGGAUUCUGGGAAACGUAGUUUUUUUUGCUCCUCUGUGCCGUUUACCUCGCUACCUGGUUCAUUUCUCCUGUGACUGAACGCUUAUGAAACCUGUUGCACGCCAAAAAAUUAUGUUCUUCCUCAGUACUUUUGUCUUGUUUUCCAGCACAAAUAUCAAAAAAUUCUUAAAUCAAGUUACAUUUACUUAAAGAGG